AUGAGGGAUUCUUGUGGUGCUGGAAAUGUUCUAUACCUUCACUGUCUCAAAAUCAAUAUGCUGGGACUCUCCCCAGAGUGCAUACAUAGAGAUGUGAAGCCAGAAAAUAUCCUCAUCACAAAACAUUCAGUGAUUAAGCUCUGUGACUUUGGAUUUGCUCGGCUUUUGACUGGACUGAGUGACUACUACACAGACUACGUGGCCACCAGGUGGUACCGCUCCCCAGAACUCUUGGUGGGGGACACGCAGUAUGGCCCCCCAGUGGAUGUUUGGGCAGUUGGCUGUGUCUUUGCUGAGCUGCUGUCAGGGGUGCCUCUGUGGCCAGGAAAAUCAGAUGUAGAUCAGCUCUGUCUAAUCAGGAAGACCUUGGGAGAUCUCAUUCCUAGGCACCAACAAGUGUUUAGCACGAAUCAGUACUUCAGUGGGGUGAAAAUUCCAGACAGUGAAGAUAUGGAACCACUGGAAUUAAAAUUUCCAAACAUCUCUUAUCCUGCCCUGGGGCUCUUAAAGGGCUGUCUCCACAUGAAUCCUGCUGAGAGACUGACAUGUGAACAGCUGUUACAGCAUCCGUAUUUUGACAGCAUCAGAGAAAUGGGGGCUUAGGCCAAAGAGCUUGACCGACCGGUAAGGAAGACCCUGAGACAGAGCCGAAAGCACCUGCCUGGGUUGC